CUCGCUGUCGGCACCAUCCCCGUCUCUUUCAGAGCUCUCGGACCACCAUGGGGAUCAUGCAGAAGAUUCAGGUCGACCGCGCCCAGAACUUGACCUAUUCCGAGUCCUUCUUGCAGAAUGAGGAUCUGCUUCCCGUCGAGGAGGGCAAGCGGACAUGGGGCACCUGGAACUUCAUCGCGUUCUGGAUCGCGGACAGUUUCAACAUCAAUACCUGGAUGAUCGCCUCGUCCAUGGUGCAGCUUGGGCUCUCCUGGUGGCAAGCGUGGAUCUCCGUGUGGAUCGGAUACGGUGUGGUCGCACCCUUCAUCGUCGCGAACGCUCGCCCCGGCGCCAUCUUCCAUGUCACGUUCCCCGUGGUCGCGCGGACAAGUUUCGGUGUCUGGGGGAGUCUGUGGUGUGUCUUUAACCGAGGGGCUAUGGCUUGCAUCUGGUACGGUGUGCAAGCUAGCAUCGGUGGUUCGUGCGUUCUCGUGAUGCUUCGAGCGAUGUGGCCCUCUGUGAACAACAUCCCCAACUCCAUGCCCGCAUCCUCGGGCACGAACACACGGGACUUCAUGUGCUUCUUCCUGUUCUGGCUCAUCUCCCUCCCCGCCAUCUGGUUCCCUAUCCAUAAGAUCCGCCAUUUGUUCACUCUAAAGGCAAUUGUGGUGCCCAUCGCAGGCAUCACGUUCUUCAUCUGGUGUAUCGUCAAAGCGCACGGCGUCGGCCCAAUCAUCCACCAGCCGGCGACCCUGGGCGGGUCCGACCUCAGCUGGGCCAUGGUCUCUAGUAUCAUGUCCUGCAUCAGCAACAUGGCGACCCUUGUCACGAAUGCGCCGGAUUUCGCGUCCCGCGCGCGCACGCCUGCCGCGGCGGGCCUCCCGCAGCUCAUCAGCGUCCCGCUCGGGUUCUCCCUCGUGAGCUUCUUCGGCAUCAUCGUCAGUUCGUCGUCGCAGGCCAUCUACGGGGAGGCGAUCUGGUCCCCCAUCGACCUCUUGGGCAAGUUCCUCGAUGGCGAGCCGAGCCACGCGACGCGCUUUGGCGUCUGGUUCAUCGCGGCGUCGUUCAUCAUCGCACAGCUUGGCACAAACAUCUCUGCGAACUCGAUUAGCGCGGGCUGCGACCUGACCGCACUGUUCCCGCGAUACAUUAACAUCCGUCGUGGCGGAUACAUCGCCGCGAUUGUGGGCCUGUGCAUGCUCCCGUGGAACCUGUUGAAGAGCAGCAACAGCUUCACGUCGUACCUCUCGGCGUACUCGGUUUUCCUGAGCUCCAUCGCGGGUGUCAUGAUCACGGACUACUACGUCAUCCACAAAGGCCACUACAACGUGAAGGAUCUCUACCACGCACGGACCGACGGCUGGUACUACUACACCUACGGCGUCAACUUCCGUGCAUAUGCAGCGUACAUCGCAGGCAUCCUCAUCAACGUCGUCGGCUUCGCGGGUGCUACGGGGCGCACUGUCCCGAUUGCGGCGACGCACAUCUACGAGAUGUCAUUCUUCACCGGGUUCGGCGUGUCCGCGCUCGUGUACUGGGCGCUCAACCUGGCGUUCCCCGUGCGUGGCGCGGACGCGUGUGCGCGCUUCGAGGAGGUGGACGUGUCCCUGGGCGAGGGCGUGGCAGGCGGUGUGGAGGCGCGCGCGAGCGAGGAAUUCGAGAGCGACAAGAAGAGCGCGGUGAGCGAGGGCGUGCAGAGCGUCCGGUCACGCGCGUAAGGUGACUGGCGAUGCGCGGAGGACGAAAAUUGCGAAACAUCGCAACGAGCUACGAGCUAUCGGAUGGAUAACUCUACGAUUGUGAGUUGUAUACCAC